AUGAAAUCAAACAAUCUACCAGUUGACCAGAAACAGAGAAAAUUAACUCAGUUAGCAUCAACACACAACCAAUAUCAACCAUUUUCUUCUUAUUAUCUUUGGUAUCUAAUAGACAGAUUUCAUUUUAUCAUUGAUGAUAUUCAAUCAAUUUUAACAUUUACUAAAAACACUUGCUUUAAUGAAUUUGCGAACGAAUUUAUGAACGAAAGACAAAAGGCUGAAUUAGAAGGAAAUAAAGGAAAAAGUUUAUUUUGCAAGAUUUCACUUAAUGGAUCAUAUGGUUACGAUGCAAUGAAUACACAAAAUUACACAAAGACUAAAAUAAUGAAUACACGGAAGGCACGCGUUGCAUGUAUGUCAAAUAAGUUUAAAAACAUAAGAGAAAUAGGUGAAGAUACAUAUCAAGUGAUGCUCAAAGAUAGAUUUUAUAGAUGUGAUACAUGUUUACAAGAGGCAUUCUUCACUUUAGAUAAUGCUAAAUACUGGUAUUUGGUUUUCAUUUAUAAUUUUAUGUAUAAAUGCAUGGAUGUUAAUCGUUUUCAUUUCAUUGAAGGUGAUACUGAUUCAUCUUAUUGGGCAAUCGCUGGCGAUCCAAAUCUUCCUAACACUCAAGCAUUUCAAGCAAUUGUUACCGAUAAACAAUUUUAUGAUAAAAACAUUUUCAAAUUCGCACCAUUUGAUUUCUUCUGUUUUGAUGAGAAAUUUAAACCUAAAUUAAAGAAUAAAGCUGAAGAAAAAGCACAUGAGAAGAAGUUAUUGGGUUUAGCAAUUGAGAAACAAGGUGAUAACAUGGUUGCUUUAUGUCCUAAGUGUUAUACAUCAUUCAACGGUUCAAUUGAUGG